AACAGCACGAGCAUCACUGUCAUCUUUGUCACUUUUAUCAUUGAUAAAGCUUUGAGCAAGACUACCGCUCGAGUUAUGGUCUUCCAAUUGAUCUUAGGAUGCGCGGGCGGCACUCCAAUGGCACUAGGCGGGCCGAACGCUCACUUUAUUUACGUCCUUGUCCCUGUUAUUGGUGGCUUUUUGGCUGCCGGUAAGGGCUGGCGCUGGUUCCCCGGUUAUCAGCAUGCCCCUUCUGGCUGGACGGCAUACUCCAAGUUACACUGGAUUGCUCCCAUCCUUGGAACAAGUUUGAUCGGCUUUGGGUGCUUCUUUGUCAUUACGCCUGCCCAACUGUACCUUGUCUUCAGAUCUGAGGCUGCAGCAUCGCCUCUAGAGGCCAACAACCUGCCCUGGUACAUUUCUAGUACAUUCUUGCCUCUUGCGGGGCGGAGUAUGUACAGCAGUCUGAACUAUGGAUUAACAUUUGCUCCAGCCCCUGUCCUGCUCUAUAAGUACGGAGAGCGCCUUCGUACUAAUAAGGUAAUCGUUUAG